UGAUAAGGCGAAUUAAGUUUAUGAAAAAGAGAUGUUACACCGUCGUAUUUUGCAUCCUUUGGUUUUUAAUUGUUUUCAAACUAUUCGCCUCAAGUACAAACUUACUCUUAGUAUCACUUUAUGCAGCGUUCAUCUCCCAGUUUUCUUCACAACAACCAGCGGCCCACUUCUUAAGCAAAAAGAUGGUUUGCCUGUAGAUUGUAAGUGGAUGUCAGACUUUGGACCAAGUUUCCAUAUAUCUGGAGAUGAUGUGGAAGUACUCCGCCAACCAUCAGAAUUCUAUGACAGACUCAAAGAAUUAGCCAGUAAAGCCAAAGAAAGAGUUACCAUUGCCUCUUUAUACAUAGGAACAGGAACCCGUGAAGAAAAACUGGUAUCCAGCUUGCGAACAGCUCUCGCCAAUGCAGACUGUGAAGUACAAGUAUUACUGGAUGUAACUCGAGGAUCAAGAGGUAUAAAAAACUCCAGGACGUUGUUGUUGCCCCUGAUUCAAGAUUUUCCAGGUCGCAUGCAGGUGUCUCUCUAUCAUGCACCAGCUUUGCGAGGCUGGAUUAAGAAGCUGUUACCAGAAAGAUGGAAUGAAAUCAUCAGUUUAACACAUCUUAAGAUUUAUCUUUUUGAUAACACCUUGGUACUCAGUGGGGCCAAUCUCAGUGACAACUACUUUACAAUGAGGCAGGAUAGAUAUGUUGUGUUCAACAACUGUGAAGCAUUAGCUGACUAUUUUCACAGUUUAGUCCAGACAGUGUCCUCCUUCUCUCUUCAGUUGAUGCCAGACGAUAAUUUAUCACUUCAUCCAAACUGGACUGUUCAUCCUGAAAAAGGUGAUCCACGUAAGUUUUCAGAGGAGGCGUACCAACGUUUAUCAAAAUUUCUCUGUAGCAAAAGUUUCAAUUUAGUCACAAUUACCUCAUCACUUUUGGCAACCAAUUCUGGAUCCGACACGGUAGUUUAUCCUCUUCUACAGAUGUACCCAUUAGGUGUAUCUCAAGAUGAGCAUGUUACAGAACAUUUACUAGUUACAGUACCUUCUGGCUCCAUCAUCAAAUUAGCCUCUGGUUACUUUAAUUUGACAGAAAAAUAUGAAGAGAUUAUACUUCAGUCUUCACCGGCAGAAUUUGAUCUUCUUGUUGCUUCACCAAAGGUUAAUGGAUUCUACGGAGCUAAAGGAAUAUCUGGAGCUAUUCCCGAUGCAUAUACACACAUUGCUAAGAAAUUUUAUGAACGUGUAUGUGAUGAACAUCAAGAGAGAAGAAUAAGGCUUCAUGAAUACGAUCAAGAAAAUUGGACCUUUCAUGUGAAAGGUCUGUGGGUGUACUACCCUGGCGAAACUUUACCUUCAGUCACAUUGAUUGGUUCUCCAAACUUUGGAUACCGAUCAGUGUAUAGAGACCUCGAAGCACAAGUAGCUAUUAUCACAAGUAAUGAAAACCUGAGGAAACAACUCCAUGAAGAACAACAAAAUCUUUAUGAACGUACCUCUUUGGUUGACCAGCAGACCUUCAAGAAGCCUGAUAGACAGAUCCCUCUAUGGGUCAAGUUUGUUACUAAGUUCAUUAAGACGUAUUUUUAAAGAUUUAUUUAAAUAUCCUUUUUUCAUUAAAUUUCGUGUUUCAUUAUUUAUACUUCUCAUUGAAUAUUGUAUCAUUAAAUGAUUUUAUU